ACGCCCUCUAUGGCCUCCUUCCGCCUGGUCUAGCGGGCCCCCUCACAACUCUAUGCUGCCUGGCGGCGGCCGCUCUAUCCCGGUGUCCUCCCGGGUGUCUAUGGUGCCGUUAAAGGGGCCGCUCCGGGGCUGCGCGGCCGCGAUGCUGCUCACGGUGAAGGCUUUGCAGGGCCGGGGCUGCAGCCUGCAGGUCUCUCCGGAUGAGCACGUCAGCACCCUGAAGCGCCUGGUCUCAGAGAAAUUGAACGUCCCAGUCUCUCAGCAGCGGCUGCUUUUCAAGGGCAAGGCCCUGGCAGAUGAGCACCGGCUCUCGGACUAUUCCAUUGGCCCAGAGUCCAAGCUGAACUUGGUAAUCAAGCCGCCGGAGAAGCCUUCCCCCGAGGAGCUGGGACACAGGGGACCCCCGCCACCAUUCUCGACCAUCUGGCACCCGCUGGGCCAGGUCCUGGCACGGCACUUCAGCACGGCCGAUGCGGAGAAGGUGCUAGAGCAGCUGCAGAAGGAUUAUGAGCGGAGCCUUCGCCUGCUGAGCCUGGACGAUAUUGAGCGGCUGGCCACGCGGCUGCUGCACCCGGAGGUGGCUGAUGCGAUGGAGAUGGGAUUCCUGGACUAGUGCCCAGACAGCCGUGGGCCCAGGGGGAAGACUUCAGCCUGGCUGUCCCUGCACUUGGAACAAGGAGCCUGCAGGCAGGGCCCGGUAUGGGGCUUGGGGUCCCUCUGCCCCCUCCUGACACCUCUGAACUGCUGCUAAGGUGCCUGUGUGUGUCUCCCAUUCUCCAUUAAAGAUGAUGGUGGGUGUGAG